UUCCUAAAGGGCAACCCUGCUUGGCAUUUGCGGGAAUGUGGGGAGCGGAAAGACAUCACUGAUUUCUAGCAUUUUGGAGCAGAUGCACCUUCUUCAGGGCUCAGUCACAGCUGAUGGGACAUUUGCUUACGUUUCCCAACAAGCCUGGAUUUUCCAUGGAACUGUGCAAGAAAAUAUCCUGAUGGGACAACCUCUUGACCAGGCCAAGUAUGAUCGAGUUGUGGAUAUCUGCCAGCCUCAGAGCUGACCUGAAGUCCUGCCUUAUGGUGAUCAAACAGAGAUUGGAGAGCGAGGCCUGAAUCUGUCGGGGGGACAGAAGCAGAGGAUCAGUCUGGCCAGAGCCGUCUACUCCAAUAAGGACAUCUUCCUCCUUGAUGAUCCGCUCUCUGCUGUUGAUGCUCAUGUGGGGAAACACAUUUUUGAGGAAUGCAUUAAGAAGGAGCUCCAAGGAAAAUCCGUCAUCCUGGUAACACACCAGCUCCAGUAUUUGGAGUUCUGUGAUGGUAUCUUGGUUCUGGAGGAUGGUGAGAUCCUGGAGGCCGGAAAUCACGAGGACCUGAUGACAGCCAAAGGACGCUACGCUCAGCUCAUCAGUAACUACCAGUUAGAGCAGUCCAAUACUCAUAAAGAGGAGGAGGCAGUGUCACCCCAGGUUGCUGACCAGCUACAGGAUGAUGAGCUCAGACAGCGUGCAGACAGUGGAAUUGCGAACCCCGUAUUUGACAUGUCAGAUGAAAAGGAUGAUGAAGCGAAAGCUGACCAAACAUCUGUCAAAGCUAGCGAUCAGCUGGUCAGUCAGGAGCUGUCCACAGAUGGGGCUGUCUCCUGGAGGAUCUACCAGCAGUACUGCAAGGCAGCGGGAGGCUACAUUGUUACGUUCCUCACCAUCAUGAACAUCGUCCUGAUGAUUGGAUCCACAGCCUUCAGCAGCUGGUGGCUCAGCCACUGGCUGGGACAGGGCAAUGGGUCAUCCAGCAACACAACUUCAAAUCAGGGUGACAUCUCACAAAACCCUGACCUACACUUCUACCAAAUGAUUUAUGGCGUGAUGAUGAUUGUCACGGUGGUGCUUGCAGUCAUCAAAUGCUUCUUUUACACUAAUGUCACCUUGAAUGCUGCCUGCAAAUUCCAUGAUACAAUGUUCAAGAAGAUUAUUGCCAGUCCAAUGAGUUUCUUUGACACAACGCCAACAGGCCGCAUCCUGAACCGUUUCUCUAAAGACCAGGAAGAGCUGGACACUGUGCUUCCCCUCCACAUGGACCCUUUCUUGCAGUUUUGUCUGCUUGUCACAUUCACCAUUGUCAUCAUCGCGUCAGUCUUCCCUGCCAUGCUAGUAGCUGUGGUUGUUAUUGGACUUUUGUUUUCCCUCAUUCUCUUUGUAUUCCAGAAGAGCAUACGUCAGAUGAAGAAAAUGGAGAACAUCAGUCGCUCUCCCUGCAUUUCUCUCACCACCUCUACUUUGCAGGGCCUCAGCACCAUCCAUGCCUACAACAUAAGAGACAGCAACAUAAAAAUGUUCAAGUCUCUCAAUGACUUGAACUCCAACCACUACAUGCUGUUUCAAUCUGGCACUCGCUGGCUGUCUUUCUGGCUGGACUUCAUGGCUGCUACCAUGACCUUGAUGGUGGCUCUGUUUGUAGUGCUCAGCAGUAAUGAAUUUAUCAGUCCAUCUUUGAAAGGCUUGGCCAUGUCCUAUACGAUUCAGCUGACAGGCAUGCUUCAGUAUGUGGUGAGACAGGCAACGGAAGUGGAGGCAAGGUUCAACUCCGUAGAGCGACUUCAGGAAUACAUCACGGAUUGCAAAUCUGAGGCCCCAAGACACAUAAAGGAUGCUCAGAUCCCAGAGGACUGGCCCAAGAGUGGAGUCAUCACCUUCCAGGACUAUAAGAUGAGGUACAGGGAGAAUACACCCAUUGUACUGAACGGGCUGGAUUUCUUCAUCCGAGCUGGAGAGAAGCUGGGCAUUGUGGGAAGGACAGGCUCUGGGAAAUCCUCUUUAGGCGUGGCUCUAUUCAGAUUAGUGGAGCCAGCAGGAGGAACUAUCCUGAUAGAUGGAGUGGACAUUAUGGCCAUUGGCCUGCAGGAUCUACGCAGCAAAUUGUCCAUCAUCCCCCAGGACCCUGUGCUGUUUAUUGGUACCGUCAGGUACAACCUAGACCCUUUUAAUAACUACACUGAUGAGGACAUCUGGGCAGCACUGGAGAAGACCUACAUGAAGGACACAAUCUCCAGACUGGAGAGGAAGCUACAAGCAGAGGUGUUGGAGAAUGGGGAGAACUUCUCUGUAGGCGAAAGACAACUGAUGUGUAUGGCGAGAGCACUACUCCGUAACUCCAAGAUCAUUCUUUUGGAUGAGGCCACAGCCUCCAUCGAUGCAGAGACUGAUGCUCUGAUCCAAAACACUAUCAAAGACGCCUUCAGUGAUUGCACCAUGCUCACCAUCGCACAUCGCAUCAACACUGUGGUGCAAGCAGACCGUAUUUUGGUCAUGGAAAAAGGAGAGGCAUUAGAGUUAGACAGUCCAGAUGUGCUGAAGCAAAGACCAGACUCCAUGUUCUCCUCACUCCUUGCUGCUGCUAAUACUGUAAAUACAUGAACCACAGGAGAUCUGUGAUACCCAGGAGCUGCUACACAAUGAUUACCAUAACAUAUUGAUCGUUAUGCAUUUACACAGCCACACCUAAUCAGUAUUGUAAUGCUGCAACCUGGAUUGAUAACAUUUCAGUUUUUCACCUUUCAAGAUGUGUAAAUAGUGAUGUAUUUAUCUCUUCUCGCUGCUGACAAAAUGCUCAGACAUUAUUCUUUAACAGAUUUUUGCCCUAGUGGAUAUGAUUUGCUAUGAAUAUUUAAAACAUAUUAUUUAUUUUCUAUGUCAUUGUUUGCUGUAAAUUCUUCCUUUAUCUCUCCACUUUCCAUCCUCACAUGUUCUGCUCUCAAUCCAAGCCACGGAGCUACGCAAAGUACACAAUAAGUUAUACAUACAAGCUUUACACAUAAAGAUCCAAAAGAAUGAGCCACUUUUAAAAAGCAUGUUAAGAGAUUCAUGUUCAGUCCCGUCUCUUGUUGCAUAAAAAUCUCCUGUGGGAAUAAAGUGGAAAAUAACUUUU